CUAUCAUCAACCAACAACAAGCAAUCCAAUAACUUGAAUCUGUUUAUUCAUCAUCCGAAGCUUUAAAGAGAAUUCAAAAAAUUUCAGACAAAAAAAAAUAGAAAUGGCUUUGGUGAGAAGUCUAUUGGGAGCAAAGAAGAUUUUAAGCCGCUCCGCCAGAGCAACCUCGGCGGCACCAAAAGGGUUUCUUGCAGUGUAUGUAGGAGAGAGCCAGAAGAAGAGAUAUUUGGUGCCAAUUUCAUACUUGAACCAGCCUUCAUUCCAAGCCCUCCUCAGUAAAUCGGAGGAAGAGUUUGGAUUUGAUCAUCCGAUGGGUGGCUUAACGAUUCCCUGUCCGGAAGAUACCUUCAUCAAUGUGACUUCUCGGCUCCAAUGAUGAUGAUCCAACAUUUUUUGUUCUUCCUAGUUUAGAAAUAGGGAUUAUUCAUUGUAAAUAGCUGAGCAUUUUUGCUCUUUCUUCUUGAAAGAGUUGUUAUAAAUGUCAUUUUUUUAUGGAGCUGACAUUAUCAUAUCAAAUUUCAAGACAUUUUGAAACAAUCUUUGAAAACUAAAGACCACAACAUUUGAAGAACCUCUAUUUAUAGUUAAAAAUCAUGGUUAGACAAAAUAUAAGUUACCGUAUUUAUCAUCCGAUUUUCAUUAUUAAGAUAAUAAGGAAACUAAUAAUCUUGUAUUUUAAAAAGAAAAAAAAAAUGUAAUAUUUGGUGUACUUAUCUAAAAUCUUAUUUUUACCCGCUUUAUUUUACCAAGUAGAUUGAA